AUGAUAGAGAACGAAAAUGAAGCGUCACAGCCACUCAGAACACGCCCGAAUCCUAAGUUUCCCCAGGAUAUCGAUGAGCUCAUUCACCGUCUAACAAAAUGGAAAGUCUUUUUGGAAACGAUCAUCGAGCGCUCAUCCGAGUCAAGGCUCCCAAUAUUCGGGUUUGCUUAUCUGUCGUCCAUUCUGCCGUCUCUCCACGUUCCGAAUUGCUACAGCGCGAAGGGAACGGCGCUUCGCAUGCAGUCGAUUUCACACUUCGUUGUAGACCCCCGUGACCACAGUUAUCGAUGGAAUUCGUUUCGAAUCAAAGACGAGUUUGGGCAUUUCCACUAUUUCUCGCUGGUGAAAGAGCGGCCGAUGGAUGUGAUUUAUUCCUACAGCGCUGUUUUACUGGCUCAUUUCUUCGGCAAACUGUAUCAGAACGAUCCGAACAUCGCAAAACGAAUCGAUCUGAGUCAUCGAUACAACAUGCUGCCGUUAAACGCGGUCACGAUGUUGACCGAGCGAUCCAGAAACGAAUUCAGUUUAGCCGAAAUAAUGCGAUCGACUCUGAAGAAGAAGGGCGUGAGUUUGGACGAUUUUUUUAUUGCAGUCGCGGAAACCAAGCGAAUAACCGAGCCAAAAGUGAGUCCGAGCGAAUUGGAUGCGUAUUUAUCGAUGGAAGGCGAAGUCCGCGAUUAUUUGUAG